UUUGGAUAAUAGCUCUCACUGGGGUCCUCUCACAAGCUUCACGGAUUUCGACACUCUCUCCUCAGUGCGUCCUGGUUCCCGCUGCUGUGCGCCUUUGGUUGGAACAGGACGAUCCUAAAGAAUGAAAAUGGAGCUGCUUCACACAGGCAUUCACAGGAUCAUUAUUGCUCCAUAAACCUACUGAGACCCUCAAAGAUGCAACCAGUAAAUCCUCCUGCUCCACCACCCCCACCACCCCCACCUCCUCCACCACCUCCAGCUCCUGGACUUCCCCAGCAUGGAGGUGGCCUCCUGGGCUGGGGAGACCGCCGGAGGUCCAGAAUGCGCAAUUUUAACUGGGAAACACUUCCCAAACAUAGUGUGAUAGGAAAGCACAACAUCUGGACAGCAGACAAGACGGAUGGGCAGUUUGAGCUGGACACCGAUCACAUGGAGGAGUUGUUCAGCCAUAACCACGGCCAGCAACAUCCAAAGGGUCUGAACCGUUUGAGUAUUAGGGGGCAGCUACCGUCUGGCACUGGAGGAGAGAUGGUUACCAUCCUCAGCUCCAAGAGGAGCAUGAACAUUGGAAUAUUCCUCAAGCAGUUCAAGCGCCCUGUUAAAGAUCUGAUCCAGGACAUUCAGUGGGGAAAUGGGCUCAGUUUUGGAACAGGAAAACUGAGAGAGAUGUCUAAGUUGCUGCCAGAUGAAGGGGAGAUGAAGCAGCUGGUUGGUUUUAAAGGCGACCCCUCAGCCCUUCCUGAGGCUGAUCUUUUUAUGCUCAUGCUGAUAAAGAUGCCCAGUUAUGAAGAGCGUCUGAGCUGCUUGGUGCUGAAGGAGGAAUUCUUUACCCUCAUGAAUGAAAUAAGAGAAUUCAUUGGCGUUCUGACAGAAGCUGGAAAGGAGCUGUUGGAGUGUGAUAAUCUACAUUCUGUCAUUCGCUUGGUGCUGAAAACAGGAAAUUACAUGAAUGCUGGUGGCUAUGCUGGCAGUGCUAUUGGCUUCCGUAUGUCAUCUCUCCUGAAGCUGGCGGAUACCAAAGCAAACAAACCUGGAAUGAAUCUUAUGCAUUAUGUUGUGAUGCAAGCACAAAAGGUAGAUGUGGCGCUUCUUAAAUUUCCAGAACAACUCAAACACAUUGAAGCUGCAUCAAGGUUAACAAAAGCUGACAUUGAAGCUGAGAUUGAAAGACAAAAAAGAAAAGUACAGGUCGCCAAAGCAGACACCUUGAAACAGGAGGAACUAAAGGAGCAGAUGGAAGAUUUUCUAAAGAAAGCUGAUGUUUGUUUGGAAGAAAUAGAAAGUGAUUUUGAAGAACUACAGGCUGUAAGCGACUCUGUGGCCGAGUACUUCUGUGAAGACUCUGCAAGUUUUAAACUGGAGGAAUGUUGUUCCAUCUUUCAUUCCUUCUGCCUAAAGUUUAUCCGGGCUAUGCAGGAAAACAAGGCCAGAGAGAUGGCAGAGAUGAAACGGAAACACAUCGAUAGAUUGCAGAACACAGCCAAGCGCCGGUCUACGGCUACCUGUUCAAGUAGAGACAAGGAAAUGGAGGGUAUUGCCUUAGAAUGCAUUCUGCAAAACGUCCUAACCAACCGCAUCUCUAGGAGGAAAUCAGGAAGGCCUUCAUCAACCAAUGGGAGCCCCACAAGAGGGAGCCCAGUUAAUGGGAGCCUUUCAGAGAUCAGCUCUCAGACAAACAUUCGAACUAUAAACCACAGGCACACUUUUAGAGCCAAAGAUAUGUUCAGAAAAGAGUGGAAUUCUGCAACAGAACUCACAGAGAACUCAAAAAAGCAGACGCAGUAUCAUGUUGAAGAAAAUAACGCAAGGAACAUGGUUACCUAUGAAGAAAAUACUAAAACACCAGAAAUAAAGGAUUACCAGGACUUAACAAGCCAAUCCAAAGUAACUACCAGCCCUUUACCCACAGUUAGGUCUUUCUCGUCCAGCACUAAUGAUGAUGAGGAGGAGGAUUUACUGGACAAUAAUGAGGAAGAGGCCCAGAAAUUGCGUGAAGCCUCUAAAAAGGUAUUGAGGUACCAGAACAGUCGAGGAAGUGCUUCCUCUGUGGAUCACCCAUUGGAAAACCAGAAAUCCCCUCCUGCUAAGAAAACCUUGGCUCGUCAACUCACCUUUGACGAGGAAACGCAAAGGUAUCCUGGAGACCCAACCAAUGAGGAUUUGAUUCGGUUUUUGCUCGGCCCUCAGACCUCCACGAAACGCACCCUCGGCCGCCGACACACAGUGCCUACUAAAGUUUCUAAAACUCAAGGAGAGAAAGAAAAUCUGCGGACCCAGUCUACCACUGGAAGUCCAGGUUCUGUGACAAAAACCAAAGAACCUCAGCCAGGACAGGACGUUGAACACAUAGCUACAAAACCAGCGUUUGAUUUCACUGACAAUUCUUACAAGAUAAAAAAAUCUCAAAGUUUAGAUCAGAAUUUUCCAUCUGCUGAAAAGAAAAUUAAACCCAACGACUGUUCAGGCCAGGUUUUAAAAGGAGGGGUUUUGGAGAAAAAUGAACAGAAGUCAGUGGAGUGCAAAGCCACACAGCCGCAGGCUAAUGUUGAAAACAUUCUCCCCAGGAGUGUUUGGUUUAAGACUGAGACCUCUGGUUUUUUCAGUUUUUUUAGACGCUUGGGAGAUAUUAGCAGGUCACCGAUCAGCAAAGAAACUGCUCCUAGGGGUACAGAUUCCAGUGUGUAGGCAUAAGAAUUCAUAACUGAUUAAAUAAUUUCUAAUAAAUGAAAUCUAACAUAAUUUAUAUUUUACUUAAUUACACUGAAUAUAGUUAUUCGUUAGUUAUUAAGACAAGAGUGUAGCAUUUUUAUAUUUGAAUUUUAUGGAUGGUUUCAGGUAUGAGAGAAGGUGAAAAAUUGUUGGAAUUCUAUUUUUAAAGAAGGUAUUUUGAAGGUUUUACCACUAGAUGGCGAGAGUGAACAGUAAGUUAGUUGAUGGGGAAGAGUUGGCAUUUUGCAGGCAAUUUGUAAGUUGGUUAUUGAGAGAACCAUGGGCACACACUGCACAAUAUUUACAUUCAAUUUCAAUUAAAUCUUUAGAUAAUGAUUUUAUUGAACAUAUUUACAUGCAGUCGUAUUUUAGAGGAAUUAGAAAACGCUUACAUUGUGUGCACUUGGUCUGGUUUGACAUUCAGAGCAGAAAGUGUUGUGGAAGUGUUGAGAGUGUUGAGGUUAGAAGAUAUUCUGAUAUUCAGAAAUAAAAAUUGUAAAAAAUGUUAUUUGGUUGUGCGAUAGACGUUUCUGUGCAAUGAUGAAUUUAAUUGUAAGCUCCGAUUCUGGGCCUUGUUGCCAUUGAAGCUCAGCAAAGUAGCAGAUGCUUGCUGCUGCUCUCCGAUCCAAGCUGAAUUCAGCUAUUGUUUUUCUCUGAAAUGGGUCAGUGUUACAAAGGCUGUCUGCAUCGGAGCAGAGCUGAAUGAGGAGCAGUAUUUGUUAAAGAAAGAUAAUUCAGAUUCAAACUUCAGCUGCAAGUUGUUACACAUUAUAGAAAACUAUUAUAGAACCUAUGAUUAGACAGCAAAGCUUAAUACGUACACCUUCAUUGUCCACCUUUAGUUUGGAGAAAAGGUAAAAACCCUCAGUGUGAUGUACAAAGGAAUUCCUAAUGUGUGUUUUUGAAUCAUUCAUCAUUUGUCCAUAAUCGUGCAAAUGGUUACCUAUUUUAUUUAAAAGUUCCACUGAUGAGCAAUUAUGAUUGAAUGAAGAUGGGCUAAUAAUAGGGAUCAUCAAGCUGAUUGCUGUUAGUGUUUACUUGCAAUAGAUUAUUUAAAUGACUGAGAUGUAUAAACUUGAAAUGAUACAAAGAUCUUUGACUUAAUGUGUGCUGUGUCUUUGUUUUAAUGCAACUAUCCGUAUGUAGAAAUAAAUUAAGUAAAUAAGGAUUUGCAUGCCUGAGAAACAGCUUUUAUGUCUUGUGUCUAGUUUAUGUAUAUUUUCAGUUAAAUUCUAUACAGAUUUGUACAUCCCUAAUUCAAAUUGUUAGUAUACUUAAAAAAAAUAAGUAUAAUAUAUGAUAAUUGUUUUUCAUUUACUUUUGAUUUAUUAAAAAUGAACAAACAA